GGGUAUCAAGCUAGCCGUUAGGGAGCUAGUUAGCGGUUAGCUGUAGUAGUACCCCUCGGCUCGUUAAAUCAUAUUUGUGUUGCUGCCGUGGUAUCGUCAAAUGUCUUCGGUGUAGCUGAGCUAUAGGCAAUAAAUGUGUACAGCGUGAGAACGCGAGGGUGGAGGUUUCGAGGCCGUGUCUUUGUGGUUGAGUUGACUCUGCAGGGGAAGAUGUGCAAUGGAAUGAUAGAGUCAAUAUCAAAAGCCUUCUUGGCCCACACCUCAGCCACUAAACGGUCCCUGUUGUUGCUGCUGGUACUGACUGUAGUGUCCACUGGGCAAGGGUCAGGAUGUGUGAGGCCAUAUAUGGUCCAGAACAGCUGGGUAAACCUCACAGAAACCAACAGGGGCUCGUUCCCUGUGGGCACAGUACUGCAGUACAGCUGCGACCCUGGUUACCUGCCGGAUGGCCCCAGCAUCCUCACCUGCACCACACUGGGACGCUGGUCCUCUGAACCUCCUCGCUGUAUACGCAGUGGUGCAUGUCUACCCCUCUCCAAACCUGAGAAUGGGGGCUUCACCUGCCACCCAUCCCCCUGUCGAAUGUUUUCCCAUGGAACUGUGAUCGAGUUUUUCUGUGAUGAGGGAUUCGUUCUUAGUGGAGACUAUAAUUACCUGACCUGUCAGGAUGGACAGUGGGAUGGCCCCAUGCAGAUCAAUUGUGUGAGCCAAGGUUGUACAAGACCCUCUACAGUACAGCACAGCUCAACUAAUCUGACAGACACCAACAGGAGCUUGUUCCCUGUGGGCACAGUGCUGCAGUACAGCUGUGACCCUGGUUACCUGCCCGCCGGACCCAGCAUCCUCACCUGCACUACCCUGGGAUACUGGUCCUCUGAACCCCCUCGCUGUAUACGCAGUGAUGGUUGUAUAAGACCCUCUACAGUGCGGCACGGCUCAACUAAUCUGACAGAAACCAACAGGAGCUCGUUCCCUGUGGGCACAGUGCUGGAGUACCACUGUGACCCUGGUUACCUUCCAGAUGGACCUAACAUCCUCACCUGCUCCGCACUUGGACACUGGUCCUCUGAACCUCCUCGCUGUAUACGCAGUGACGUGUGCCAGCCUCCAUAUCAGCCAGAGAACGGUGGCUACACCUGCCACCCCUCCACAUGCGGAAGACUCUCUCAUGGCACUGUAAUCGAAUAUUUCUGUGAUGAAGGCUAUAUCCUGAAGGGAGAUUAUAAAUACCUGACCUGUCAGUAUGGAGAAUGGGACAGCCAAGUGAAGCUCAGCUGCCUCAUGGAGCAAGACCGCGAUCCAACUUUACCAUUGGGAAUGCCUGCCUUGUCCAUAGUGGCAUCAACAGCCAGCUCAGUGGCUCUAAUCCUGCUCCUGGUGGUGCUGUUUGUUCUACUGCAGCCAAAACUCAAGUCCCUCCAUCGACGUGAUCAGGGGGUGUCCGGCCAGCCCGUGUCUAUCAUGGUGGAAGGAGUCCAGGUUACUCUGCCCUCUUAUGAAGAGGCUGUGAGUGGUAGUGGAGCCCCAGCCUCAACUGAGUCUCGAGUCCAGAUAGUGCUGUCUGAGGGUCAGCAUGCCACAGCACCAGAGGCUGGCCCCUCUAGGCCUUCUUCUCUCAAACAGCAGCAGUCAGAAAUGGCUGUGGUCCACCCUGUACCAUCGUCCUCAUCCUCCUCGUCACCCUCACCCUCAUCCUCUACCUGGGUUCUGGAGCACGCAGGUGCUGCAGCUCCUUCAUCGUCACAAAGAAGGCCGUCUGCAGGCAGCGACCAACACAGCCUGUCUCUGGACUCUGAGAUGGACUACUCUGAUGACAUGCCAUUGCUGAAGGAGGCCUGAAAAAUGCUGCAGCCUUUGGACUUACCCAAGACAACCAGCAUGGCUACUGACCUGUACUGGUGAGCGGGAUGCCUCAUGAGAGUUUGUCAACACAAACAAGCCCAACUAUAGAGGCUCCGAGUGAAACUGUGGGUCACUCAGAAUAGUUCCUCUGACCAUCCCAAAGGAGAACAGAGAAGGGGUGCACAUGUACAUACAUGCUUACAUUUUUAUAGGAAUUCCUACACUGUGUGUGUACGUCUAAUGUCCGAAGCUCAGUUUGAAAAUGUAGAACAAAAAACGAAAUGAACAGGCAGCUCUGAAGGAGUGUGUCUUAAAGGCUGUUGAAAAAAAAUGACUGAUGUAUUUCAGUUGAGUGGACAAAGCUGCAAACUCACUUUGAGAGCUAAUAAUCUCAUCAGUGUCUUGUUUACUGUUCCUUUUCUUUAACCACAUAUCACCCCAUUUAAUACGCACAUUGGCAAAGAUGCAUGAAGGCCAAGUAAUCUAGAUUGUUGUCCAAGUCAUGCUCAUUUUCAUCACUGUCUUGAAAGAUUUUUGUGAUUCUAAAUCAUUACUUAAGUUGUUAUUUUUCACGUCUCACAUCAUUCCAUGUGUCACUGUACAGUUUAAGGCUGCUUUUCCACCCAAGAGUUCACUCUGCUGCAUUUUUCAUUGGAUUGUUGCCCAACAUUUUCCGAGACUUGUUGUUUCACAUUUCAUCCUUACAAAGACUUCAGAUGUAUUCUCUUCAUACCCUUGCCCCCAAUGGCCUUAGCUUUCCACUUCUAUGCACAGGUAUCUAUAUGUAAAAUAAGGAAGUUUAAAAAUGAAUGUCAGUUAAAUGCCUCCACUGCUUAGUGAUAUUAUGUGUGGCUUUGUCAGACACAUCACUUGUACACCAGAAAAUGUUAUUCUCUUAAUUUAUGCAGGCUGCCUGAAAAAAUCCAGUUUUCCAUUAAGUCUUAACAGGAAACUAAAAUGUGUAUUUAAUUUAUUUGUGUCCAGAACGCUGUUGAUCAGCCAUGGCUUCUGUUGAUGCUUCCACAGCUCUUUGAAACUUGUGAAAAAAAAGUAGGUCUUCUCACUUUGCUGCUUUAGUUUUAAUUUUACUGCAGGCACGUUAUAUGUGACACUGUAAAUGUGGUUGGGAAGGUCCAACACAAAAAUGAGUAAGUGUACAGAUUAGUGUCAUGUCAGUGUUCACUUUGUUUGACUGUCCAUUGAUUUUACUUUUUGACUGAGGAAUGCAUUAUUUUUCUUUUUAUGUGGAGAUGGUAUUUUAAUGUAUGUAAAAAGUUUUAAGUUAAGUUUACUCUGUAUAUACCAUAUGAUCAUUUUAAUUAAAUAU